AAACGCAAAACAAAAAUAAUUAAUAGUCAUCAAAAAGUUUUAAGAAAAUUUUCCUCAAAAUUAUUGCCCUUAUCUCUGUCUAUCAGUCAAUCUUUAACUAUUGAGUAAUGUGUAGCAGCAAUAGGAACUAGUGAACAUGAAUCACAAUCGAUAGAAAGUGUGGUAUCAGUUUAAAAGGGGAUAUCAAAAGGGAGACAAAUUUUGCAUUUGCAAAAAGUUCAAUUUAUGGUGUAGGAUACACGAUAGGUACAUAAGUGAACAAAGUGCUUGCGUGAGCGCUUUUGCUAUUUGUUUAACUCCAGCAAAUUCUGCGUAAUUACGUAAAUAUUUGCCUUCCUCAUCGUUCUUCGCAUCCCGCCGAGGUGACAUUGACUGCUAAUUAGCUGGUUCGGAGUUUUUUUUUCGCUCAUUGUAGUGGUAGUAAGUAGAGGUGAACUGAACACGUACUUCACACCUAAAGCGCACCGGCAAGGCAACAGGGAUGGCCUCGACGAUGCAGUUGGAGUUUGCCCAAGCGAUGGCCGAUUUCAAGAACAUGUUCCCGGACAUGGACCGGGAUGUGAUAGAGGCAGUGCUGAGGGCGAACCAGGGAGCUGUGGAUGCUACCAUCGAUCAGUUGCUGGCAAUGAGCACCGAUAAUCAGGUAGGAAUGAGAAAUGAAAAAUUGCGACAGGAGUUGGAUGGCGAAACAGGCAGAACUGCACCAUCUGGUGGAAACGUUUCUAUCGCAGGAAGAGGAACUUUGCUAGAUUUCUCCAGCGGACCAACACCGGCACUUCUCAGCACAUCGCCUAAAUCCACAGCUCUGGGGGCAUCACCCAAGAUAAAGAAAUCUCUCGGUAGUUCAAGCGUUACCAAUAGUCCGCGGAUUAUCACCGUCGGCACUGUAAAUGCUCGGGAAGGGGAUAAAGCCCCCAUCAGUCGAAAAUGGAACCCACCAAUGGUUGGACCUUUGCCACCUACGUUCCUUCGGUUGAGCGGCGAGGCAUCGCGAAACACCGAGUUCGAUCUCGGCGACGAACAGUUCGCGAUGAUGUUGCAGAACGAGGAGUUCAUGGCGGAACUGAGAUGGAAUCAGGAGUUUCUUUCUGCCCUGGAGAAGGAUCACCAGGGAAAGGUUUCGGAUGAUGCCGCGUUCAAGGAGAGACUGCGCCAUAUGGGUAAAAUUUCCAGGAAAAAGUUUGCCCAGUUGGCCCGGGUGUUCACCUGGCAGCGGGGUACUAACAAGAAGGCCAGUGCCGUCAGGCAUCCGGACUCGCUGCUGCUGCAGGAAGAGCACAGUGAUGACGAAGAGCCGAAGAAGUCGGUUAAAAAGUAGAUGUGAAAUGUGUUUGGAUACCCGCAUUAUUAAGGGAGAGGUAGACGGUGCAAAAUUGAUUCCAGAGAUUUACCAUAAUUUCUAGUGUUUUUGAAAGAUAAGACUGUUAUAUUUUUC